AUCAGCAUGUCUGGUCGCGGUAAAGGAGGUAAAGGUCUCGGGAAAGGUGGCGCCAAGCGUCACCGAAAGAUCCUUCGUGAUAACAUCCAAGGAAUCACCAAGCCAGCCAUCCGUCGUCUUGCUCGCCGUGGCGGUGUCAAGCGAAUCUCCGGUCUCAUCUACGAGGAGACCCGUGGUGUUCUUAAAGUUUUUCUUGAGAACGUGAUUCGUGAUGCUGUGACAUACACAGAGCACGCCAAGAGAAAGACCGUGACAGCCAUGGAUGUGGUGUACGCUCUGAAGAGACAAGGCCGCACUCUGUACGGAUUUGGCGAAGUACAGCUUGGAUUGAUAAUCAACAUGUCUGGUCGCGGUAAAGGAGGUAAAGGUCUCGGAAAAGGUGGCGCCAAGCGUCACCGAAAAAUCCUUCGUGAUAACAUCCAAGGUAUCACCAAGCCAGCCAUCCGUCGUCUUGCUCGCCGUGGCGGUGUCAAGCGAAUCUCUGGCUUGAUCUACGAGGAGACCCGUGGUGUUCUCAAAGUUUUUCUCGAGAACGUGAUCCGUGAUGCUGUGACAUACACGGAGCACGCCAAGAGAAAGACUGUGACAGCCAUGGAUGUGGUGUACGCUCUGAAGAGACAAGGCCGCACUCUGUACGGAUUUGGCGGUUAG